CCAAUUUGACAUCAGUUACUUUUUGCUCGACAACAACUACCAAACAAUCAAAAUGUUCAAAUACUUCGCUCUUGUUUUCGUCGCACUCUUCGCCUUCGCUGCUGCUGAGCCCAAACCCGCUGUGUUAGCUGCUCCAUUGGCCUACUCCGCCCCAUUGGUCACUUCCCCUUAUACGGCGGCCUAUGCUGCACCAUAUGCCGCUUACGCUUCACCCUACGCCGCUCCCUAUGCAGCCUAUGCUUCACCCUACGCCUACUCCGCUUACCCAUACAACGCCGCCUAUGUGCUCCGCAAGUAAACGGAAUAUCACAGCUGAAAACCUGAUCUAUUUGAUGAAGUGAAAGGACAAUUGAUUUGGAUAUGAAUUCUUCGGAAUUGAAAAAAUAAAACAAACGAUUUAAAACAAAA